GCGAGUAAGUUGAGCUGCUGGAGCUGUGAAAUCUCUAAGCAGAUAGACAGACCUUUAUUGCUUCACCCGAGUUUUCUUAAAACCCACAAUUAUAAAAUAAAAGAGAAGAUGCCUCGAGCUGAACCAACCAGAAAAACUCUCUCCGAUUACAGGAAAAGUCUCCAGGAUCUAAAAAAGUCCUAUGAAGCAAGUGAAGAGCCUGAGAAACAACAGUUAUGGGAGAUUAUCAAGGAUGAAUUGCAGGACAUCCUGAAGAAAUACUCUUUAAACUUCUCAAAAGAACAAAUGAAGAUCUUCAAUGACCCCAUUCAUGGACACAUGGAGCUGCACCCCCUGCUGGUGAAGAUCAUUGACACUCCUCAGUUUCAGAGACUCAGACACAUCAAACAGCUGGGAGGAACAUAUCUGGUGUAUCCGGGUGCUUCUCACAAUCGCUUUGAACACUCGCUUGGUGUGGCACAUUUAGCAGGACGUCUGGUAAAAGUUCUUCACAACAAUCAGCCAGAGCUCAAAAUUACCAAACAGGAUUUCCUGUGUGUUCAGAUCGCUGGUCUGUGUCACGACUUGGGUCAUGGUCCGUUUUCUCAUGUAUUUGAUGGUCUGGUUAUUCCAGGAGCCAAAAAAAUGAAAAAAUUAAGAGGGCUGCAUGAUGACAUCCCUGAAAACUGGAAGCAUGAGCAGAUGUCAGUCCAGAUGUUUGAUGACAUUGUGAGGAGUCUGAAGGCUGAGAAUGAAGAUGUGAUGAAAGAACAUGGACUGGAUGAUAGAGACAUCACCUUCAUUAAAGAGUUAAUCGAAGGGGCAAAAACCUCAGAGUGGAGAUACGAGGGCAGAGAUGAAGACAAAUCCUUCCUGUAUGAGAUUGUAGCAAAUAAACAGAAUGGCAUCGAUGUGGACAAAUGGGACUAUUUUGCACGAGACUGUCAUCACCUGGGCAUUCGAAACAGUUUUGACCAUCAACGUCUGCUGAAGUUUGCUCGAGUCUGUGAAGUGAACGAAAGAAAUCACAUCUGCUUCAGAGACAAGGAGGCUGAUAAUGUUUAUGACAUGUUUCGCACUCGAUACACUCUCCAUCGCCAGGCCUAUCAGCACAAAAUCUGCAACAUCAUUGAAGACAUGUUUGCAGAAGCACUUGUACAAGCUGAUCGUGAUCUUCAUGAAGGAAAACCUGAAGAUAUGCUGAAGAUUUCUGAAGCCAUAAAGACAGCAGAGGACUACAGCAAACUCACAGAUGAGAUCUUUGAGCAGAUAUCGUCCUCCACUUCUGAUAAUUUGAAGAAAUCCAGAGACAUCUUGAACAAGAUCAUCAGAAGAAAACUGCCAAAGUUUGUUGGAGAAGCUCGACUGACUGAGAACAGCAUGUCAAAGGAAGAGCUGAUGAAAACAUGGAAAACAGCAUUAGAGCAGUACAGACCUACAGACCUGACUGUUUCUCUGAACGCUGAAGAUUUACCAGUUUAUGUGGUUGAUCUGGAUCAUGGAAUGAAGGACAAAAACCCCAUUGAAAAGGUCUUUUUCUACAGCAAGAGGAAACCCAACGAAGCCUCUCCCAUUAAAGAUUAUCAGCUCUCCAGUUUCCUGCCAAAUAGGUUUAAUGAAGAGAUGGUCAGAGUUUACUACAAACCAUCGGAUGAUCAGGCAGCUGAAGAUAAGAAGGAAGAGAAGAAGAAGGUGGAGGAGGCAGAGAAGUGCUUCCAGAUGUGGUGUGGCUCCAAUUUUGGAGUCAAAUAGGCAGCUGAAUAAUUGACAUAUAAAUAUUUUCUGUGACUGUAACACCAAAAUGGUUACUCCAAGAAAUCAUCUGCACGUUCAGUUAAAAUCAGUUUUAAGGUAAUGGUUUAUAGUUAUUUAAUAAUGCAAAAAUGUAAUCAAAAUUUAAAAUUUUUUUUGAAAUUCUGGUGGCAGAAUUUUUUUUUUUUUUUUUUGUGCAUGUGUUAAGUUAUGAGUUUUAAGAUUGUGUA